UCCGGCAACGGGAAUACGCGAACCGACAGAGUACGCCACCACCAGUAGAACUUACAUUGCGCGCGCGCACGUUUAAACUUUACCCAAAAUUAAACCCGCGAACAUUCAAAACAUUUUUUCAACCCCCCCAAACAAAAUUUAUUCCAUAAACUACAAUAACUAAGACUUUAACACUAAUUUAAUCCCAAUUUAAACAAAAGAAAUUUUCAAAGUGAACAUAAUAUAGUGAAAAAAUCAUGAUGAUAACAACACCCAUCAUAUAAACGAAACCCAAGGAAAAACAUUACAAACGAAAUGUCCUUCCGCUUGUGCAUAGUUCCAAAAUAAAUUGUUGAGUGACAGUAAAAAAGUCCAAACCUCCGUAUCGAUAAUCAACAGGUGUUUUCCGAAAUGGCUACCGCGCUUUUAACAGACGCCUCGUCUCGAAUAAUGCGAAAGAAAAUUUGUCAAGCAACCGCGAACGAUGACAACGCCUCAUCGAUGAAUAACGACCAUCAUAAACAGCCCCAACAAUCGAGGAAGCAACCGCCGAAACGAAAAACGCCCCCGAAACAAACCGCCAAAGCGGAACAGAAUAACAAUGUGAAAAGAAGGCGGCUGUCGACCGCCGAUGGUAAAGAGGAUAUGCUGACCAAUUACCAGCCUUGGGUCAUACAAACGUACGGCGAUUUGGCCAAAACGAAAACGAUCACAUUGAAAAAGUAUGCGAGGAUCUUGCGAACGUUACGAGGAGAGGAGGUAGUCAGUGCGGACAACAGCAAGUUCCGGUUUUGGGUGAAAGCGAAAGGUUUUCACGAAGGAAAACCGUCUGGUUAUGAGGCGAAACCUGCCGAUGCUAUCGUGGGGAGAUACAGUGUGUGCGAUAUGGACGAGGGAAUAAAGCCGAUAAGUGACAAAUUAACGGGAUCGUCGAAGGAUCCAUCAUUGUAUGUUCCAAAUGCACCGUUUAAGAACUCUACCGGGGACCCAGUUUACCGAAAGGUGGCCGUCGUUGAAAACUUUUUUGACAUCAUCUAUAACGUUCACGUUGAACUUGAAGGAAGACCAGGAAAGCAUGCAGGACAAAAACGCACCUAUCGCACGAUAACGGAGACGUAUGCGUUUCUACCGCGGGAAGCCGUCACCCGUUUCCUACUGGGUUGUACGGAGUGUCAGAAGCACCCCAGGUCCCCAUCCCCCGUAGUUUCCGUCCUACCAACUCCCAGUCCAAGCCCCACAUUACCGCCAGCGUUGGCUACACCGCAAACCCUCACACCGAACCAAAUCGGACCAAUUGAGAGGAACGCGGGGGAAGGUCAAAGGGUGACGUGCCAGGUGGAGCGAGAGGAUAAGGAACAAGGACGAACGCCGGAGAACAAAGCGACCGCGACGACGGGGGAAAUUAAGGGAGACCACGAGGAUUCGCCGAAAAGUACGAAUAAACGGUCUGCCAAUCCUCUGGACGUUUGCAACUUAACGUCGAGGGACUCUCCGAAAACGCCGCCCAAAAAAAGACAUCUCUCGAACCAUUUAUUAUCGGAGAAUCCUCCGCCCGCGUCGUCGACCCCUCCGAGAACGCCCCAAGAGUCGACCACCCCCAAGUUAUGGUCGCCCAUCGAGGGGAUCGAAAAGGAGGAAAGGGACAGGAGGAGGUAUUUUAUGCCAAAAGAAAUUGAUUACACGUUGCCCAUCACUACGACGUACCUGAAAUACAUGCGCACCCUUGGCUGCACAGAUGAUGAAGCCCUCAAACUGGAGAACAGACACGAAAAUUUAUCUACACCAGAAUCAUCAGAAAACACUGAAGAAGAUCAAUACUCAGGAACCGGAACAAUGAAAGACACCGACAAACUCAAGUUGAUGCUCUUGGCGUGGAACUACCAUAAUCAGGCUCAAGGCAACCGUAACGGUAGUGACACACCCGAAGUUACUCCUGUACCUGAAGAUAUGGCGGGCAUUUGGGCUCAGUACAACUCAGCCCUUGGCUUGGCAAAAGGAAAAGCUACCCCACCCGUUAACCGAGAUCCUCCGAGUCCUGUUAAUGCGGAAACUGGAUCUGCACAUGAUGAAACUAGUUCUAGUGGUAACAAGGACGAUGAGGAUGAUGAUGACGAUGAGAGUGAUGAUAAAAUUGAUACUCAAACUCACGAUCCUGAACGACUCAAAGCUUUUAAUAUGUUCGUUAGAUUAUUUGUCGACGAAAACUUGGAUAGAAUGGUUCCGAUUAGCAAACAACCAAAAGAAAAAAUACAAGCAAUCAUCGAUUCUUGUACACGACAAUUUCCCGAAUUUGCCGAAAGAGCACGAAAACGUAUUCGGACUUACCUAAAAUCGUGCAGGCGAAAUAAAAGGGCGAGAGAUCCUAACUCACCAUGGGAUGCUUUUGAUUUUUUUCAGACACGACCAACUCCGGCUCACCUCACUUCAGUACAGGCUGAACAAAUUUUGGCUACAGCCUGCGAAAACGAAAGCCAUAACGCGAAACGGAUGCGAUUAGGCUUGGAACCAGUUAGUCAACCUAUGCCACUACCUCCAGGAUCAACAUCAACUGAUACAACAGCGCCCAUAAGUAGAGGUUUAGACUUUAGCGGAUCAACGCCUAUAAAAAUAGAAGCGGAAUCGGUUUCCAGUGUAUUUCCACCGUCGACAACACCUUCAACAACGCCCAAUUCGGUUACGAAAGGGAUGUCGUUAACGCCGGACAUAAAACCAAAUUUAAACAGCAGCAGCGGCGUUUCAAGUACCGGACUGGUGUCGGCGCCGAUGAAUGGGAUUGGCAUCUCAAGUACAGCCGGUUCAGCACCAACUGCCAUGUAUAGACCGAAUUUCUCGCAGGCGUUCCAACGGGCCGGACCAUACCCUCUUUUUCCAGGGCAGGCCGGCCCAUUCGCCGCCGCCGCCGCUGCCGCCACCGGCUUAAUUGCAAACGGUCCUGCUGAUUUAAGUAUGAAACAAAAACCGUUAGUUAACCAUAAGUUGAACACUGGGGAAAUGGCUGCAGUAAGGCAACUGAUAACUGGUUAUCGUGAAUCGGCGGCGUUUCUUUUACGUUCGGCGGACGAAUUAGAACAACUUUUAAUUCAACAACAAUAAAUUUAAUUUCGAAGAUGAGAGAAUUAAGUUUGAUUGUACAUUUUGUAUUUAAAACGAAAAUGAUAAAGAGAAUGAACUGUUAGUCACUAAUGCCAUAAACAUAAAAAUGGUUAGAGAGCGAGUAUUUAACAUGUUACUAUUAUUAUUAUUGUAAAAUAGGAGUCUUUAACGUCGGUUAUUGCUGCUACAAGUUUUAUUUCUUUUAUGAUUUUUUUUUGUAUGUAUAAAAAGGCACACUGAAACUGUUUUUCAAUGGCGCACCGAACUGAAUUCUUAACUUAAUUAGUAUUAAAUACAAAUGAAGAGACCGCGAAUCUGUUUGUACAUGUUUAGUGUAAAAUCUUCAAUAAUAUAAAGACAAAAAUAUAUAGAAUUUUAUAAUUGAUAAAACGCAAUUGUAGAAAUUUUUGGGUUUGUUUUAUUUUUCAUUAGUUUUUGUGAGUAGUAGGCACAGGUGAUAAGAAGCGAGCGGCGACAUCUAUCGUGCUCCUCCUUUCGACAGGGUUCUUUUAGCCGAGCGCGCUCAUAUUAUAGGUAUCUGUUGUACCGACAGAUGUGUAUCAGUACAAGUUGUGAAUAGCACUCGUGAGAUGCUGCUAAAUGUAAUUUUGUAAAUAGCCUAAUUAGAUAACAUAAUUUGAUUAUUAAAAAUAAUUUAAAAUAAAUAUAUUUUUAAUUAUCACGUUAUUUAUAUCAUCCGCUUGUAGAUUUUUUAAUAAAAGCUAUAUAAUAAAAUAAACAAUAAAAUAUAUUUAUGAUUAUUGUAAAAAAAAGUGAUGAAUCCGAUGAAAAAAUAUUAUUCUUAAAUGUUUAUUUAUUUAAAAAAAUAUAUAUUAAAUUUUACUAUACAGGGGGCUAUAUUGUGUGAAAUUAAUGAAAUAAAAUGAUAAAAAAAAAGAAAUUGGUGUACCAAAGAACUUGUACAUAAAACAUUCGCCGAUAUUUAGAGUUCCUUUUAUAAUUAAUUAAUGAAUCAUUAAUUAGUUUAAAAGCGACAAACUGUUUAAGAAAUAUUCGUAAUCUACUCACAGGAUGAUAAUUUCAAUUUUAAUACGAUAAUAAUACUUAACAAUUAGUACUACUACGAUUUAGAAUACGGGACAAAUUUUUGAUAGAAUUUAAUAUUUUCUAUAGCAAGCAAAAUUUAGUCAACACGAGAAAAAUGAAUACAAAAAUAAUGAGAGAAUAAACGCUGUAAAGAGAAAAACUUUUCUGUGAUUGUUAAUAAAUGUUAGACACUAAAUUCAGGUAAAAAAAUUCAAGUAUGAAGUUGAAAAGUGAACUACAGAUUUUUGUAAUCUAUAUUAUUAUAUAAAAAUAUAAAUAUAUUAUAUUAUACAUGUAUCUGUACUAAUUAUGUAUUAUAUUUCGACAUUCCAUUGUAACUUUUCUCAAUGUAUAUAACGAUAAUUAAAUUGUAUUUUCAUCUGAUCACACUGCCAGAGAGUUUUUUGUGUAUCAAUAAAAUUACAUCUGUGUAAUUCAUCUUAA